GGCCCAAACUUCCCGUGUCCCUAGCCCACGAUUAGCUCAGCCUCUAAGCCCGAUACUUGUGACAACCAUUUCUUCUCCGCUUCACGCCGUUGCCCACGGAGGUCCGCCACUCUCUUGCUUUCUCUGUGUGUGCCAUCGCAGAAUUUCAGAUCCCUAGAUUCGUAGGUUAAAGCGUAGGAAGGAAACGGAAAGAGAAUUUUCCUAAUACACAACUAUUAUCCAUCUCUCCUAAACACCCAAACUCCAAUUCAUCACCCUUGCCGGUGCUUUCUCCCCCUCUUUUCUCUAGAAUACGCCUAGAGACAGUACCAGGACCAGUUUUUUACCCUUCUCUGCCGCCCCUCCUCUCUAGAACACAUUGAGAGAGAGAGAGAGAGAGGAUGAAUCAUAAUCAGCAACCGGGUGAUGGUACGCAUGAAGAUGACGCUGCGCUCUCUGAUUUUCUCGCAUCCUUAAUGGACUACACUCCCACCAUACCAGAUGAGUUGGUCGAGCAUUACCUAGCCAAGAGCGGGUUUCAAUGUCCCGAUGUUCGACUAAUUAGGCUGGUAGCUGUUGCUACACAGAAGUUUGUAGCUGAGGUUGCAACUGAUGCUCUUCAGCAGUGCAAGGCAAGACAGGCUGCAGUAGUUAAGGACAAAAGGGAUAAGCAGCAAAAGGAUAAGCGCCUAAUAUUGACGAUGGAGGACCUCUCAAGAGCACUGCGUGAGUAUGGCGUGAAUGUUAAGCACCAAGAGUAUUUUGCUGAUAGCCCUUCAACUGGGAUGGAUCCUGCUUCAAGAGAUGAAUGAGCUUUGGGUUGAAUCUAUACUCAAUUCGUUUUUGAAGUCCUAUGAUAUGUAUCGGUUGUAAAAGAAGUGCAAAAUAACUAUGCGAUCUUAUUCUGUCUGAAUGUUGGCCGAAUGGUGAUAUUUUUAAUACCUGGUUCUUCCCGUUGCUUA